UUGACCAAAGUUUGUUUUCAUUGACAAAGUUUUUUUGGCCGUGAGUUUUUCUUGUGAAAGAAAAACAAUUGCGAAAGCGGACCUGGCUUGRAUUAUUGGAGAUCUUUUCAAGGAAAAACUAGGGAACAAUUUUCGGUAUUMCUACAGGAAGUUGUUGCGAAAGAAGAAAUUUUAGAUGCAGAAAUCGCCCUGAACUUUCAUCACGUGUGAUGUAGUGAAGGCGACGAGAUACUCGUUUCAGGGGGUCAAAGUGCUGUGUUGUUAUAUUUGGUGAUGAUGAACGACGCCUAUCCAAACUCGGGUUCUACGUGCARUACAAUCUGACAGGGUUUGGUAUCUGUCAUAGGAAUAAUUUGCAUGAUAUUUCCUCGCCUUCUAUUYACACGAUAAACAGCAAAAGCGAAAUAUAAACGGAGGCAAGCAACUCAUUAACGUCUUUGUAAACUGCAGAACUUUAUUCGUCAUUUUAUGAGUUCGUUUCCCUGCAAUUAGAGCUGGGAUUAAAGUUAUUGAAGAAGAACAAGGAUAGCAAGGAAUUCAWCAAGAAUGAUCUAGAAUUAUUUCCUGAAUCAUCUGAAUCCAUUCGAUGAUUUGCAUCGAGAAGCAUCCCAAACAUGGCGUGACCAUCCCAAAGUUAUCAUUGACUUUUAUACGUAUAUUUUUAUCUUGCAAACUUUGUUCAGUUACAGACCUUUGAACUUAAUCUAAGAUUAAUAUGAAUGACAAGAAAUCCAAACAAGUCUUUCCAUCAGAGUACCCACCACAUAUCAAUGGAGUAGAAAAAGAUUUUAGCAGUUCUGCCAGUGAUUUGUCUGAGUCUGAGGAUGAACUGGAUAGUGUGAGCACAAAGAACUUCGAUGCUGUGUUGUUCGACAUAAGAAAAGUUACGCCAGAAGAAUUUGCUAGAGAGGUGACUUAUAGAGACCUUGAAGUAUUUAAAAAUAUACAGCCAGAGGAACUUUCUUGCUGUGGUUGGGUCAAAAAACAAAAGCUGAACUUAUCUCCAAAUGUGGUUGAAUUCAUUAGAAGAUUUAAUCACAUUAGCUUUUGGGUUGUUAGGGAAAUCCUGAAUGCUAAAAAACUGAAAACAAGAGUGGCUGUCAUGUCACAUUUUAUUAAAAUAGCAAAGAAAUUUUUUGAGAUGGAUAACAUCCAUGCACUUAAGGCUAUCAUAUCAGGUUUACAGAGUGUACCAGUUUACCGACUUGACCAGACAUGGGAGAAUCUUCCAAGAAAAGACCAUGCAACAUUUGAAAAAUUCGUGGAAUUAUUAUCAGAGAAUGAAAACAGGACAAAGUUAAGAGAUUAUUUGAGUACAGUAAAGCUUCCUUGUAUUCCUCACUUAGGCAUGUAUUUAACAGACCUGGUGUACAUCGACACAGUGCACCCAAGCACUGGAGGAAUGGAUAAUGAAAGAACUAAAAAAAUGAAUGAUAUCAUUAGAAUCAUUGCCGAGUUUCAACAAUCAGACUAUGGUAUAACAGAACCACAGCCACAUAUUCAGGAUUACUUGAAUUCUAUGAAUUAYAUUGAGGAAUUACAAAAGUUCCUAGAGGACAACAACUACAGGUUAUCACUUGAAAUAGAGCCAACAGUGCCAGAUACCUACAAAACAAGGUCACGAGAAAGUUUAGAUGCAACAUGUACCAAAAAGACAACAAAUAAUUCAAACUUUGUACCUGGCCAUAGGAAAGCCCAAAGUCUUGGAGCAAAUGUGAUGCAGACAGUUUUGAAGUCAUCAUUUGAAUCUUUAAGUCUUGCAAGCAGCACCAGUUCUAGAAAUCUCUUAGAUGACAGUAUAGUCACAGAUGGCCUUAAACCUAUGGAGAACUUAGUCAAUGAAAGAAAUUCAUCACUUUCUUUUGAAAGAGCAAGUGGAGUUUAUGAAAGUGAUGAUUCURAACUAUGUCAUCCUCAUUCUGAGUUUAUAAUUGAAGGAUUCCUGAGAAGGAAAAAGAUCUUCAGAAACAGCAAAAAAUUAACAGUGUCUUCCUGGCAGAAAUUUUGGGUYGGUUUAAAUGGGUCAUUUUUAUACUACUUCMUUCCRAAACACAGAACYGUUGGCAAGUUAGAAAAGGCUUCUUUUAAAGGAAAACCUCAAAAGAUUGUCAAUAUAACUGAUUGGAUAGUACAUAUCAGAUCAGAUGCACAUCAUACAGACUGCUUUCAAUUAUCAGAUCAUAUAAAUGGAACGUCAUACAAGUUUCGAGCAGGAUCCAAGUCAAUAGCAUUGAUGUGGUACACAUAUUUGUCACAGGCAACUGGUAAAAACAAGGUYCCACAAAAUCUUAUCAGUUUCGAAGAAAGUGAUGAAACAAAUUAUUAUGAUACACGGUUAUAGCUGCUGCUGAAAGAGGCUGAAGUUUUUCUAAAAAAGAGCUAUAUUCAUUUGAUUUAUAAUGAACACCUGAAUUACAUGAUAGCUGCAGCCUGAACACAAUAUGAUAGGUAGAAUUCAUAAGUUAGGCAUCAAGUAGAUAUUUAAUUAUAUUGUCCAGAAAGGUUUUCAUUAAUCAAAUGUCUUUGACUGGAUCUUUCAUUUGAGAGACACACUUUAUCCAAUCCUUUAUCACUUAUCAUUUUUCACAUAUGGAUGAUUUGAAAUUCAUAUUUAUUUUAAGCCUUGUAAUUAUUUCAUUGCAAUGCAAUGUUGAUGUUUUAAAUUUUGGCUUAGAAACGCAAUGCUAAAUUAUUUAAUAACAUGCUGAAGUCCAUAAUGAAGUAAGCAAAUGAAGUCAAUUUUUCAUUACAAAAUAGGAACACAAUGCUGUCUCAAUUUUAGCUAAGACUUCAGAUCAACAGAAAUGUCUCUGCUCUAGAACAUGUUAAACAUGACAGUUUGCAAAGAAAAACAAUAAGAUUGAGUUAAGCUCAGAAUAUUGUUAUUGCUCRAUAUUGCCAGUAAAUUUGUCAUCAGAUAUACUUGGCAUAAAAUGCAUUGUAGCUUACUUCAAAGUUAAACUUUCUGCUUUUUUCACUUGUCCAAUCRUAUUUAAUUCCAUAUGUUGCCACAUCAAAACAAUCAAAGUAAAAGCACUUUCUUUGCAAAUUGUUUACAUAUUAACAUAUUAGAGGUAGACUGUUUCCAUGACUAUGAAGACUGCAUGGCACUAUAGUAAACACGAUAUAGAAAUGAAAGAAAGUUAUAGUGUUUAGAAGGAGGCAAUUCCAGGAGAAAGACCCUUAGGAAUAAAUUCGGAAAAAUUAAUUUCCGACCUCGCUGGGGUCUUUCUCCUGGAAUUCCCUCCUUCUAAGCACUAUAACUUUCUUUCAUUUCUAUAUCGUGUUUCCGUGAGUCAUAGUUUGUGAUCCAAGGUUUUUUUUAACUGRGACUGGCUUGUGGAAUAUUUUGAACAUGAAUUAAAAAGCAUUAGAGCAAAUUGAGCAACCCUCUCUAACAUCAAUCACUUAUAACAUAUAUAUGUAAGAUAUUAUCACUCGUCUAGAUAAUUAUAUUUAGGAGCUAGCUCAAAGAAUUGAAAGAGGUGUUUGACUUGGGAGAGGUUCAGUUAGUUUGCAAUAAAUCACARUUAUUUCUAAGUUAUCGCAAUCAUAGUCAAUUGUAAAGAAAAUUCACAGCAUUUUGGAUCAGAUAAGAUUUUAAUAUUUAUUUUUAAUAGCAAAAAUYAGAUCACAGUGUUGGUCAACCAAUCACACGUAAUGAACUUURUUCAUUGAUAUUUGAAUAUCAAGCUUCAUUUUGUAUCUCUCUAAGAGGUCAAAGGAGCAUUUUUUUAGAAACAAAUUCAAUGGUUGAUUGAUUUUAGAAUAAAGUUAAAGUUGAAUCAGC